UGCUGCGUCGAUGAAGAAAAACUGUAUCCUCAAAACCCCUCUCAAUAGUGAAAGUUGCUGGUGAGAAAAAUUGCGAAGUUGAAGAGAAAAACCGCCAUUAUAGAAGACCACUGAACAAGGUUAGAAGUCAUCUUUUAUGCCCUAGCAGCAUCUGAACUCCAUGAGCUCUUCUCUGAAUUCAAAUGAAAAUUUAUAGAAUUUAGAUUGAAUAUCUAGAUAAAUCCUUCAUAGUUGAAGCAAUAGAGAAUCUUUAAAAGAAAAUAAAAAUGCGUAGAUUGUGUUUAAGAUCAUUUUAUCUCUGCAAAAAGCGUUACCCUACUUUGUUGGUACCCUCAGAAUCAUAUGCUGGAAUAAAACUUGUUACCCAUUUCUCGAAUAUAUCUGCUCCUGAUAAAUUCCCAGGUCUUGUUCAUCAGAAAAGUGGGUUUGGAUUGAUUAGUUUAGAUAAUGAGCCUCAAGAUGGUGUUGCCCAUGAUCAUAAAUUUGAUGAAUUUGAGGCUGAUGUUGAGAAAAUUUAUCGAAUUUUGAGGAAGUUGCACUCUAGGGUUCCAAAGUUGGAGCUUGCUUUACAAGAAUCUGGUGUAGUUAUGCGGCCGGGGUUAACAGAACGUGUGUUGAAUCGUUGUGGGGAUGCAGGGAAUUUAGCUUAUCAGUUUUAUGUGUGGGCAUCAAAGCAGCCUGGUUACAGACAUAGCUAUGAUAUCUAUAAGUUGAUGAUUAGGACUUUAGGUAAAAUGAGGCAAUUUGGAGCGGUUUGGGCAAUAAUAGAGGAAAUGAGGAGGGAGAGUCCACAGUUGAUUACCCCGGAUGUGUUUGUCGUGUUGAUGAGGAGGUUUGCUUCUGCAAAGAUGGUUAAGAAGGCGGUUGCAGUGUUAGAUGAAAUGCCUAAAUAUGGAUGUGAACCUGAUGAGUAUGUUUUUGGGUGUUUGUUGGAUGCAUUGUCUAAGAAUGGUAGUGUUAAGGAGGCAGCCUCACUGUUUGAGGAUAUGAGAAUGAGGUUUACACCUACCAUUAGGCAUUUCACUUCCUUGUUGUAUGGAUGGUGUAGGGAAGGGAAAUUGUUGGAAGCAAAGCAUGUCUUGGUCCAAAUGAGGGAGGCAGGGUUUGAACCUGACAUUGUAGUCUAUAAUAAUUUGCUUAACGGGUAUGCAGUGGCUGGGAAGAUGGCAGAUGCUUAUGAUCUGUUGAAAGAAAUGAGAAGGAAAGGUUGUGAGCCAAAUGCGGCAUCUUACACGGUAUUAAUCCAAGCACUUUGUACGAUGGAGAAAACUGAAGAAGCAAUGCGACUCUUCUAUGACAUGGAGAAAAAUGGUUGUGAUGCUGAUCUUAUGACUUAUAAUGCCCUGAUUAGUGGACUGUGCAAGUGCCGAAAGAUUGAUAGAGCCUAUGAGCUUCUAGAUAAUAUGCUUCGGCGAGGCCACUCCCCUGAUCAAACAACUUAUCUGCAUAUACUUUUGGCUCACGAGAAGAAGGAGCAAUUUGAAGAGUGUGUGGAGCUUGUGGAUGAGAUGAAAAAGAUUGGUUGCUUUCCUGAUACUAAAAUAUACAAUACCUUGAUUCGUUUGGCAUGCAAGUUGGGUGAGGUUAAAGAAGGUAUUCAACUUUGGGAUGAGAUGGAAGCAAGUCGGGUUAGUCCUGGCCUGGAAAGCUUCACCAUAAUGGUUCAUGGCCUCGUUGAGCAAGGUUGUCUACUUGAAGCUUGUAAUUAUUUCAAGGAAAUGAUUAAUAGAGGUCUUUUAACUGCUCCACAGUAUGGUACUCUAAAAGAUUUACUGAACACCCUUUUACGAGCUGAAAAGCUUGAAUUAGCUAAAGAUGUGUGGGAGUGUAUCAUCACAAAAGGAUGUGAUCUGAAUGUGUAUGCAUGGACAAUCUGGAUCCAUGCCCUUUUCUCAAAGGGGCAUGUGAAAGAGGCUUGUUCUUAUUGCUUGGAAAUGAUGGAUGCAGAGGUGAUGCCACAGCCAAGUACUUUUGCAAAGCUAAUGAAGGGCCUGAAAAAACUGUAUAACAGACAAAUUGCUGCAGAGAUAACAGAAAAAGUGAGGAAAAUGGCAGCUGAUAGACAGAUUACCUUCAAAAUGUACAAGAGAAGGGGAGAGAGGGACUUAAAGGAGAAGGAUAAGGAGAAAAUUGAUGGAAGAAAGAGGAGGGCUCGUCGACGGCAGUGGGGUCAAGGUCGUAGUAGAGCUGAUAUUGGUAUCUGAUGAAUAUGAUGCCUAUGCUUCAUAGACUCAACUUGGGGUGGAGCAUUUCUUGGGCAGUGGCUUAUGUCUCAGGCAGAAUUGUUGGGAAAUUUUGGAGAUUUGAGUCAUUUGACAACGCUGGGCGUGAGAAGUGGGAGAGAGACUUUUCUCGCUGCUCUACCUGUGUUGGAGUAUGCUUAUUAAUGCCGACAUGUAUGCAAGAUUGGAGUUCAGAAUAGGUCAACCUUCCUGUUUACACAAUAAGAAGCACCACUUGUUAAUUGCCAUAUCUUUUUACACAUCAUGGAGCUGCAUUCGGUGGUUGAGCUGAUCUAGAUGAUUUAAGGUUUCGGUUCAUUGAGGAAGAAAUAGAAGAUAUAGCCCACCUCAUUUCCAUGCAGGUCAACUAGAGUUUUCAGUUCAGCUCGCCGGAAGAGUGCUUUGUGUCUUUUUCCCAGCAAAAGGUCUAACAACUGGUGAAGUGAACCAAAAAAAGGAUUAAUGAAAUAAUGAAAUAUACUUAUUUGCUGGCUGCUAAACCGAAAAAGGAUAGCGAAAUGUAGAUAACACAUUGAUAAGUUUGUCACCUUGCUUAUUGGAUAUGCAACGGGAAAACAAAUCCAGACAAGAAGUCUUACAAGAGGGGUCACAGCAGCACCAAUUGCCAAGCCAUACCGGGAGCAAACAGCUUGUGGGAUUAUCUGUAUAUUCAAACAUGUUAGAUUAGAUCUGAGUUGGUUUCCGUGCAUUACAGCAUUGAUUUUUUGUCAAGCAAACUUAAAUUACAGGGAUCCCACCUCACCAAACAAGAGUAUUAGUGUCACUGAGAGCAGAAUAGCACCCCAAGCUACUACUAAACUGUCAAGAAAUAUUGGAAGAGCCUGCAAUAAUAUCAAUGAAUGUCAUUUUUUAUCAGUUCUCUUCCUUUGCAUAUGUACCAGAUAUGAUGUCAUUAUCAAUUUCUUUUACGGCGAAUUACCUCCAUGGCAGCUGCAUUGCAUAUUAAGAGGGUGCAGAGCAACAGGUGCUGGUUUUUGACAACAGGUAAUAUCUUUGCUGCAUGCCACAAAUUUACUGCUGUUAAAACAUUUCAUUUCAAAAAUGUGUCCAGCUUUCAACUGUUAAUUUUUCUUCUUCA